AUGACCACCCCCAUCCCCUACGGUGCCCCCAUGCGCCAACACUUCUGCCUCGACCCCAACUGGAAGAACCUCAACCACGGAUCCUUCGGCACCUACCCCCUCACCAUCCAAUCCACCCUCCGCGCCCACCAAACCACCGCCGAAUCCCACCCCGACCUCUUCAUCCGCCGCCUCUGCCCAUCCCAAACCCAACACUCGCUCAACCUCCUCUCCACCCUCCUCAACGCCCCCUCCACCUCCCUCGCCUUCGUCAAGAACGCCACGACGGGAGUCAACACCGUCCUGCACAACAUCCCCUUCACCUCCGAUGAUGUCAUCAUCUACUUCGACACCAUCUACGGCGCGAUCGAGUACGGCUUGCUCGCGCUGCAGGAACGUACCGGUGUGCAGUUGAGGAAGGUCGAGUAUACCCUCCCCAUUUCUCAUGAGGAGAUUGUGCGGAGGUUUAGGGAUGUAGUGGAUCGGGUUAGGAAUGAGGGAAAUGGAAUGAGGGUCAAGGCAGCGGUGUUUGAUAUGGUGGUUAGUGUUCCAGCGGUGCGGUUCCCGUUCGAGGCACUGGUCAGGGAGUGUAAAGAGUUGGGCGUGUUGAGUGUGGUUGAUGGUGCGCAUGGAGUGGGCAUGCUAGAGGUGGAUUUGGGAUCUCUGGGCGUGGACUUUUUCACGAGUAAUUUGCAUAAAUGGCUCUACAUCCCCCGCGGCUGCGCAGUGCUCUACGUCGCGCCGCAACACCAACAUCUCAUGCGCACGACAUCCCCGACCUCCUGGGGGUAUAUUUCCCCGUCUGCGGCGGAGGAGGCGCGCGUGAAUGGCACUACUGCGGAUGCGUUCAGGUAUUUGUUUCAGCAGACGGCGACGAAUGAUGAUACGCCGUAUUUGUGUGUGCCGGAGGCGUUGAAGUUCCGGGACGAGGUGUGUGGUGGGGAGAUGGCCAUCUAUGGGUAUUUGGAGAGGUUGGCGAAUGAGGCGGCGGACCUUGUGGCGGGGAUGUUGGGGACGGAGGUGUUGAGGGAUGAGGAGGGGUUGUUGACGAGGUGUGCGAUGACGAAUGUGAGGUUGUUGGUUAGGGUUGGUGGUGAUGGUGAUGGGGAUGGUGAUGGGGAGGAGGGAGGGUGUACGGUGGUCAAGAAGAAAGAGGUGGGAGAGGUGACGCUGUGGUUUCAGAAUACGCUCCUGGAUGAGUAUAACACGUUUGUCCCGGUGUUUGAGUAUAAUGGGUGGUUGUGGACGAGGUUGUCGGCGCAGGUGUAUUUGGAUAAGAUUAUUUUCAGUGGUUGGGGGGUGUGUUGA